AUGGCAGCCACCCAGCCGAGACAAAAGCCAGAGACGAGUGAGGACAGCAAUAAAAAUGCACCUGGCUCUCGCGCCUCGACCAAGAUACAUGGCUCCUUCUCUGGAGUCUCCGUGGAGCAUCAUGCGAAUCAAAUAGAGUCCGACGUCGACCCGGAAUCCGCUCACUGGCUCACAGUUUCACCAUACCUCGAACCGGAACAUCUUUUGGAUCUGAACACUGUCGACACACCAAAUCGGCUUCUUGCUCUCGCAUCGACACAACUGGAACCAGCUUCGGGAGACUAUGCCACUGUCCCGUACGAAGAGGCCUUCGACUGGAGCAAUUUCAUGGCAACAUUGAAGGCCUUGGCAGCCAAAGAGGGUUAUAGGUGGACACGGCAGGAGUUCUACGUCGUCGAGUUCAGGUCGAAACUCAAGAAGAACAUCGACGUGGACCUAUUGUUCAAAUUGGACAAACAGUCCCAUGUCGAAGCCACACAGAGUGGAGGGCUUCUGAAGUACUGGUAUGGAGUGCCUGACGCUGAUAGGAGAAAUCUGGCAACCUGCUUCUGGCGGAAUAAAGAAGAUGCAGUCAACGGUGGUCGAGGGCCAUGGCACAAACAAGCUCGGGCCGCUAUUUCCAGCAUGUACGACGAAAUUGACGUGAAAGGGCUACGCUUCACGAUCGAAGACGACGCGACAAGCUGGGUGUUUUCAUCGUACGCUUGA